AUGCGUUGGCUCACAAAUGGCUAUCGUUCUCUCCAACUCGACAUCAUCGGCUUUCUCGCAAUCCUCGGCGAAGCCUCCGUAACCGCCAACGCCCAAGUCUCCCUUCUCUCCUACAUCGCCCUCCUCCCACGCCUCCUGCCCGCCCCGCAAGCCUUAAUCCGCACCUCUCGCCCCCUCACCCUCGCUCCCGCCACGGGCAAGGUCAUCGGUGCCCGCAGCGGCGGCAUCCGUGACUUCGUCAAUCACAUCGCCAACCUCCUCCACUCCCGCGAGGCCCUCAGGGACUACCACGUCCGCUGCGAACUGAUUGAGAAGCCUGACCCGAGCAAGAGUGUGGAGGCUGCGACAUGGGGCCCGCUGGCCUACACGAGCUUGCUCGGCACGGCGAUGAGUGUGGCGUUGUUGGUGCUGAGUAUCAAGAAGGGAGACGGGUUCGCUCUGCUAGCUACGCUCUUACUGAGUUUCUUGACUAGUUUGAUUGGCUUUGGCAGUCGGUGGAGUUUGGAUCUGAAGAAGAGGGAGAGCACGCGGAAUGUGCCGCCGGAUAAGAUCGUUAUUAAGUAUCCGAAUGGCAGCUUCAGGAUCAUCGUGUGUAAGGAGGAGGUGGCGCGGGAGCUGUAUUGGCACCCGGAAGCGUGCAAUUAUUUCUUCAGCGAGGGGAGCUAUCGCAUAGUGAGUCUGAUUGGGACGCUCACGUUGAUGAUGGGGGUGGUGUGUUUGGGAAACUCGACGCUGGAUCUGCAGGUCGCGUUCGGGGCGAGCUAUUUGAUUCUCAAUGCGGUGUAUUGGGCUGUGGCGGCGCUGCCGCAACAGUUGCAUUGGGACCUGACGUGCUAUAAGGUGAGCAAGGUGUUUUAUGAGGGGGGAGAGGAGAGCCAGACGUUCACGAUGGCGUUGUGGAAGGCGAUUGCCCUGGCGGGGAGUACGCAGUGGGUGGUGAAUGGGCAGGUGGCGCCGGUGAGCGAGGGGUGGAAGAACUGGGUAAAGAGGGCUGGUGAUAUGGUGGAGAUACAAGGGCAGGGUCUGGUGCCAAAUGGCACCGCAAAUGGCAUGACAGAUGGUAUGGGGGAGGUGCAAAGCGAGAAGAUGGAUGGGAUGACGAAGGACACACCACUGCAACUACCGGAGUGGGAUCCAGAGAAGGCCUUGACGGAGUGUCUGAAUCCUAUUGAUUGA